AUGGCGUGGGAAGAACCUCGUAAGACCGGUAUGCAAUACCGUCGCCUGGGUAACUCCGGGCUGCACGUCUCAGUACUCGGUCUAGGAGGAUGGCUCACAUUUGGUGGUCAUGUCGAAAAUGAACGCACAUUCUCCAUCAUGAAGACCGCAUAUGAUAACGGCAUCAACUUUUUCGACACUGCGGAAUCGUAUGCUGGAGGCCAAUCUGAGAUCAUCAUGGGCCAGGCCAUCAAGAAGUUUGGCUGGAACCGUAACGAUCUUGUAAUUUCCACCAAGCUCAACUGGGGCGGCGCAAAUGGAGAAGUCCUCGUAAACAACCAUGGUCUUUCUCGUAAGCACAUCAUUGAGGGACUUCGUGCAUCGCUUAAGCGUAUGGACCUCGAGUACGUUGAUAUCGUGUAUGCGCAUCGUCCCGAUCGCCUUACGCCCAUGGAAGAGACCGUCCGCGCCUUCAACCACGUGAUUGAGCAAAAGGGCUGGGCCUUGUACUGGGGCACAUCCGAAUGGUCUGCAGACGAGAUUGCUGAGGCUUGCGGUAUUGCGAAACAGCUGGGUCUCAUUGCACCAGUCGUCGAACAACCACAGUACAAUUUGCUUGAGAGGAAGAAGGUCGAGAGCGAAUUCCAACGCCUAUACUCGCGCUUCGGACUUGGUCUGACUACCUUUUCCCCCCUGAAGUUUGGCCUCUUGAGCGGAAAGUACAACGACAGCCCAGAUGCGCCUCCAGCAGGCUCAAGAUUUGCAGAGGGCAAUGAUAAGUUCGUUAGUGGAAUGCGGGAUAGCUAUGGAAACAGCGAGUGGAGCAAUAUGAUCAACAGCGCCAAGGCUCUCAAGCCGGUUGCCGACAGUCUGGGUGUUAGCCAAUCCCAGCUAUCGCUCGCUUGGUGCUUGAAGAACCCGAACGUUUCUGCAGUUAUUACAGGUGCCUCGAGGCCCGAGCAAGUCAUUGACAACUGCGCGGCUUUGAAGGUCAUUGAUAAGCUUACGCCAGAAGUGAUGGAGAAGAUCAACGAGAUUGUUGGGCACAUUAAGCUUGACCCUGCGCGUCAAGAUUAG